GGCGGCGAUGGUGCUCGGACCCCGCGGAGCCGGAUUGACCUUGCUGAUAGAGGCAACUUCCUAGGAGCUGCUAAGAUGGGCAUGAGAAUCAAGCUGCAAAGCAACAACCACCCCAACAACCUGCUGAAGGAACUCAACAAGUGUCGGCUGUCAGAGACCAUGUGCGAUGUCACGAUUGUGGUGGGGAGCCGCUCCUUUCCCGCCCACAAGGCCGUGUUGGCCUGCGCAGCGGGUUACUUCCAGAACCUCUUCCUGAAUACCGGGCUCGACGCCGCCCGGACCUAUGUGGUGGACUUCAUUACUCCUGCCAACUUUGAGAAGAUUCUGAGCUUCGUCUACACCUCAGAGCUUUUCACAGACCUGAUCAACGUUGGGGUCAUCUAUGAGGUCGCCGAGCGCCUGGGUAUGGAAGACCUGCUUCAGGCCUGCCACUCUACGUUUCCCGACCUAGAGAGCACCGCAGUGGCUAAGUCCUUGACCAGCACCGGUGACAGCCAGUCUGCUGCUCUGAGAUGUCCUUCAGUAGAUCCCACCCACCCCCUGGGGGAGCUCCGGGGGAGUGGGGAACACUUUGGUCCUGAGAGAAACUAUGUGUUGCCUACUGAUGCUGGAGGGAGCUAUAAAGAGGAAGAGAGGAGUGUGGCCAGUGACACUAGUCACAGCUUGCCCCUGCCACAACUGCCACCAAAGACGGAAGACCAUGACACCCCUGUUCCGUUCACGUCUGUUCCUAGUAUGGUGACCCAGCCAGUCCUAGGCACUGUCAGCACGGGCAUCCAGACCGGCCCGAGUUCUUGCCCGCCAUACAAAGUUCAGAGCAACGGAGACUUCAGUAAAAACAGUUUCUUCCCCUCCGACCAUGCCGUAGACAUUACAGCCGGGACCAAUUCCUGUCUGAGCAACAGUGACCACUGCAAGGAUCCGGGCUUCGGGCAGGUGGAUGAGCUCCAGCUGGAGGACCUGGGGGACGAUGAUUUGCAGUUUGAGGACCCGGCUGAAGAGAUGGGGACAGCUGAGGAGGUGAUCGAGCUGAGCGAUGACAGCGAGGACGACCUGACUUUUGGUGAGAGCGACAGCCGGGAGAACAAGGCCAUGCCCUGCCAGGUGUGCAAGAAGGUUCUAGAGCCCAACAUUCAGCUGAUUCGGCAGCAUGCUCGGGACCACGUGGACUUGCUCACGGGCAACUGCAAGGUCUGUGAGACCCACUUCCAGGACCGGAACUCCCGGGUGACCCAUGUCCUGUCCCACAUUGGUAUCUUCCUGUUCUCCUGUGACAUGUGUGAAACCAAGUUCUUUACCCAGUGGCAGUUAACCCUGCAUCGACGGGAUGGGAUAUUUGAGAACAACAUCGUUGUCCACCCUAAUGAGCCCCUCUCUGGGAAACUAGGUCUCUUUUCAGGGGCAGCCUCCCCCGAGUUGAAAUGUGCCGCUUGUGGGAAAGCAUUGGCCAAAGAUUUCCAUGUGGUCCGAGGCCACAUCCUUGACCAUCUGAACUUGAAGGGCCAGGCCUGCAGCGUCUGUGACCAGCGCCACCUCAACCUCUGCAGCCUCAUGUGGCACACGCUCUCUCAUCUGGGCAUUUCGGUUUUCUCCUGUUCAGUCUGUGCCAGUAGCUUCGUGGACGGCCACCUUCUGGAGAAGCACAUGGCUGUGCACCAAAGCCUGGAGGACACCCUGUUCCGCUGCCACCUGUGCAGCCAGAGCUUCAGGUCCGAGGCUGCCUACCGCUACCACGUCAGCCAGCACAAAUGCAACAGUGGCCUCGAUGCACGGCCUGGUUUGGGGCUGCAGCACCUAGCCCUCCAGAAGCGGAAGCUGCCGCCGGCGGCGGCGGAGGAGUUUUUGAGUGAGGAGCUAGCUUUGCAGGGCCAGCCCGGGAACAGCAAGUACAGCUGCAAGGUCUGUGGGAAAAGGUUUGCCCACACGAGUGAGUUCAACUACCACCGUCGGAUCCACACGGGCGAGAAACCUUACCAGUGUAAGGUCUGCCACAAAUUCUUCCGCGGUCGCUCGACCAUCAAGUGCCACCUCAAGACGCACUCGGGGGCACUCAUGUACCGCUGUACCGUCUGUGGCCACUACAGUUCCACCCUUAACCUUAUGAGCAAACAUGUCGGUGUGCACAAAGGCAGCCUUCCGCCUGACUUCACCAUCGAGCAGACCUUCAUGUACAUUAUCCAUUCCAAAGAGACUGAAAAGAACCCGGACAGCUGACUGGGUCUCUGCGGAGCCAGAGGGAGCUCCCAGGUGGCAGCCGGGAUCCUGCUUCUCUAAAGGCUGUUGGUCCUGGCCCAGCUGAUGCUACAGUUUUGCCUUGCUAAGAAUUCUAUUCUGUAUUGUGUUGAAAGAAGAAAUAGCACAUAAGCUGUUACUGUUUCUGAGAAGCAGCAGCCCUGUUACAUUUACCUCCUUACCUGUUCUAGUCUUGAUUCUUUUGAGGCUGGUCUUUAGGAUCUAGUCAAGUGGCCCUGCAAACUAGGUCCCCUUGCCAGUUUCUCUAGUUUUAGUUUACUGAUAGUUUUUAUGCUGCUAAGAAUCUGACCAACAGCCUCACUGGAUAGAAGAGGUGGAGAGAGGUUUUCACUGUGGGUGUGACUGUCCGAUUUUGGGGGACAACAGCUAUGAGAAGGUUUGGGGAUGUGGUCAUUCAGAAGGGGCUGGCAGCAGGGUAGUUCAUCUCGGGUCCUCCCUCCCUCCUCAGUGGGGACAAGGUGUCGGGAGCUGAGGGCGUUGCUUGCUCCACAGGUCAGAUUGCCUGAUUGGACAGUGAAAAUCUUUUGGCAGCUAGAUCCAAACUGAGGACCAAGCUUUCUGUUUAGGUUGGAAAGCUUUGGGUGUCCCAUGGUGCCACAGAUGGGGAGCCUGGAUGGAUGGAAGAAGAUGCCCCUCUUUUUCCUUGUUUCCAAAGAAACAUGAUUUUUUAGAGUGCAACCCUGGAUGUCAAGCCUUCUGUCACGAGCAGAGAGACAGGGCCAGUUCAGUGUCACCUGGCUGCCUCCUGGGCACGGAGGAGGCCCCUCUGACAGCAGCAGUCUUGCCUUAAUUCACAUCGAGUCCCCCCUCAGGGUGGUCUGACCUGCAGUGUAGAUGAGAAGAGCCCUUUGUGAUGAAAGGGACCCCAGUAACCGGUGGCAUACCGCAGCACAGGGCGUGCGUUCUGGCUGUCCCACUGGGUAACUUGUUUACUUGGUGGAAGUGUGGGAGUUUGGCAGUUGAUCCCCAUGUCAUUGUUUGGCCUCCAGGGGGCGCUCUUGGAUGCUAGCUGGCUUAGGCCCUCGUGGCUGUUUGGCUCCUUUCUUAGUCUUUGAAGGGGCCCUGCCCAAAAGAGGCAGGAGGAGAGGACCCUUGAUCUUGCAUACUUAUAAGAUGGCACUUCAGUAGCUCACACUACCUCAGCCUGCUCAGGUGAGCUCUGAGAGUCCCUCGUUUGGGGCCCGGCCACUGACACCGCCCCGUGGGACUCAGCAGCACUCUGGGCUGUUUCAUAAGCGAGUGGUUUUGAUUAACUCACAAAGCCUUUUUAGACAUUAAAUGUUUAUUUAUUUUUUGUUUUGUUUUGUGUACAUACUACCCAGCAUCUCUUUUUGGUAAGUCUUUAGGAAAAUUAGUUUCUCUCAAGCCAGGAACCAUAUUCUACCACUGGGUAUGGCUGUGGAUUUGGAGAACAGGGGUGUAACUGGGAGAGAAUGUGCCAGGCCUUUGAAGCAGCACAUUUUCGUUUCUCCAGGCGUAGUCUCUAGCAGAACAAGUCUAGAUCAAGUAACACGGAGAAGGUUUUUUACCCUCCGGCUCGGGGAGCCUCCCGUCCAUGUGCUAAGACAGGCAAACCAAAGCUGUGUCCUUGUCGGGCGGCUGCCCCUGUGCCCAGCCGUGGACUGAGAAAGCCUGUGAGUUAAUAAUGCUCAGGGCAUUCUGGUGAACUCAAAUGGUGACCCCUGAACCGUGGCCAGUCAAAGGCCGCCCUUCGCUGUCUAAACUUGUGACAUUUUCAUCCAGAAAUCAUUGCUGUGACUUUUAAGUUUCAGACUUCCCAUUUUCUUAUGCUGGGGAUGUGUAACAAGCUACCAUUAUGUAUCUGCUGAACUUUCCACAUGUAGGAGACCCUCCCAAGACUGCUGGUGAAGAGUGAGUAUGGGAUGUCUGAUUUGAGAGGCUGUACUUACCUGAUCUCAGCCAGGUUGCUGAGAGUGGAGAAACCCUUUUCCUUAGCAUAUGGCAUCACGGAUGCUGGGUGGUCUGUGUACUUAACCUGAAACUGUGAAGUUUUCCCUUUUUGCCAUAAACCAAAAAGCAGAUCUUUGAAGUUUUGCCCUUUAAACACUAAAAGCCAAACUGUACCCUCUGAUCCGGUCAGGUUAGUUGAUCAGGGAGGUCCAAUUGGUCCCAGUCAGACAUGUAGCAAGCGGAAUCAGAGGCUCAUGCGGUUCCCUGUCCAAACCAUGCCUCUAGGGGUCGCCCCUCAUUCACACCUGUCUCCCCUUGUGUGUGAAGUUGUGUUUGCUUUUCCUGAAGCCAGUUCCUCCUUCUCUUGAGUUGAUUUACUUGAAACAGUACACGGUAGUGAAGGGUACUCAAGGCUGCCUGGUGGACGGUGUCAGUUUUAUUUUGCGUGUUUAGUUUUUAAUACCCCUUUGGUUUCACUUUCUCUUCCCCUCUGGAUUCCCACUUAGUACUAUUCCUUGCUGUAUUGCUGUAGAGUUCUCUCUGACCCUUGAAUGUUCCAGCUUUGCCUGGCGCCCCC